AUGCAUUACCCUCAGCUUCAACUUGAAGGAUAUACCCCCGGGGGCGGUCCGAGAAUGCGCUUGCUGCUUGUCCAGACGGCCCAUGGCCUGACUCCUUCUUCGGGCGGCUACAAGGCGAAUGUCUGCUAUGCCUUCCCCGAGGAGCUCGAUAAAUAUGCUAGGAGAGCCAAGGCCAAGGGAGUCUAUCCUGGCGUGAUAGGCUUGGAACCUGUCAUUGUCACCGAUGGCAAGAACCAGGAGCACAAGCUCCAUAUCAACGAGUUUACCGACGAAUGGGGGAUACUCAACACCACCAUUGCGCGUCAUGAGUUCAAAGCUGCCUAUCCAGCCGGCGAGUUCUAG